AUGAAACACAUCUGUACGGUUGCACUACUACUAACGACCGCCGUCUACGGACAGCGUCGGUUUUCGGAUGACUUCAAAUUUGGUGUUGGAACUUCGGCGUACCAGAUCGAAGGUGGAUGGAACGAGGAUGGUAAGGGUGAAUCAAUCUGGGAUCGUUUGACACACGAACGUCCGGAAAAGAUUCUCGAUCAAAGCAAUGGAGACAUCGCUACUGAUAGCUAUCAUUUGUGGAAGCGUGAUGUGGAGAUGGUAAAGCAACUCGGUGUGGAUAUUUACCGGUUUUCGAUCGCAUGGACGCGCAUCAUGCCGACCGGUAUUAGGAACGAGAUCAACGAACACGGUAUCGCCUACUACAACAAUCUGAUCGACGAACUGCUGAGCAAUGGCAUUACACCGAUGGUCACGCUGUACCAUUGGGAUUUGCCACAGCGUUUGCAGGAGAUGGGCGGUUGGACAAACGAACUGAUCGUGGAUCAUUUUGUCGAGUAUGCUCGGGUGCUGUUCGAGCGGUAUGGAGAUCGUGUUAAAAUAUGGACCACCUUCAACGAACCGUCCCAGACGUGUGAGAAUUCGUACUCCAACGAUGCGAUGUCGCCUGGAUAUAAUUUCCCCGGAAUUCCAGCGUACCAUUGUGCGCACAACCUGCUGAAGUCACACGCCGAGGCGGUGCAUCUGUACUGGGACGAGUUUAAACCGACGCAGCAGGGUUCGAUUGGCAUAACACUGGACUCGAGUUGGGCAGAACCGGCGACGGAUGCGGAGGAAGACGUUAGGGCUGCCGAGCGUUCGUUACGGUUCGGUCUCGGAUGGUACGCUAAUCCGAUUUUUUCAGAAUCCGGAGACUAUCCGCAAGAGAUGCGCGAAACCAUUGCCAAUGUGAGCGCUGCCCAGGGAUUCCCCUCUUCAAGACUUCCCACUUUCACAGCGGAAGAGGUCGCACGCAUCCGCGGUACGUCCGAGUAUUUCGGACUAAACACGUACGGUAGCUCAAUGGUGAAGGUAAACGAUGGUCCGUACAAUCCGGCCGAUAAACCAUCUCACGGACACGACACCAACGUGAUCGGUUUUAAAGAUCCUAGCUGGCCUGUAGCAGCUUCGCCCUGGCUGAACAUCGUACCGUUCGGUAUGCGUAAGCUGCUCAACUGGAUCACAAAGGAGUACAACAGUCCACCGAUCUGGAUCACCGAAAACGGUGUCAGUGACUUUGGUGGCACUAAGGACGACAUAAGAAUCGACUAUCUGAACAACUAUCUCGACGCCGUACUGGAUGCGAUCGAGGAUGGUUGCGAUGUGCGGGGAUACAUUGCUUGGUCCUUGAUGGAUAACUUCGAAUGGCGCGCUGGAUAUGUCGAAAAGUUUGGCUUCUACUACGUAGACUUUGAAAGUCCCGAGCGCACAAGAUAUCCGAAGGCAUCGUCCAAGGUGCUGAUGAACAUUGUCAAGACGCGCCAGAUCGAUAACGACUAUCGUCCAGAGCCGGACAUUUUCAUUCCACCACCAACGCAAGGAAAGCUGUAA